AUGGUCCCGAAGCCGUCUUCGAAGGUGCCGACGGUAGUGAACGACUUCGUCGCCCUUCCCUUACGAAUUCCGCCUGCGUCAUCGUUCCCACAGAAAGCGACGCAUUAUCUUUACCUUCGUGCAAAUGCGCCCAAGGUGCCAACUGAGAACACGCCUCGCGAAUUGUUCCUGGUAAAUCUGCCUGUUGAUGCUACGGAUAUCCAUAUCAAGCAUCUUUUUGCGAACCAGCUUGGCGGCGUCAGAGUCGAAAAUGUGGCCUUCGAAGGCGCACGAGUAGGCAAAGGAAUUGCUGCACCGGUUGCGCCUGUACAGCAAGGCAAGAAGAGGAAGCGAGGCGAUGAGGAGGGCCGGACUGCGCAAGAAGUCGGCUCACUACCAGAAACAUGGGAUCGAGAUUUGCAUCGAAGCGGUGGCACGGCGGUAGUGACAUUUGUGGAUGCCGCAAGUGCGCAGCUUGCUCUGAAGGAGGCUAAACGGGCAGCAAAAGGCAAGAGUGAGGUCAUCUGGGGAGAAGGUGUGAAGGGCGUGCCCUCACUGGGUAGCAAGAGAUACUCUGCGCAUCACAAGUUGAGCUAUCCAGAUGAUGCAAUAUUACAGCAGAGCGUGGAUGCAUUCAUGACUGCUUUCGCUGCGCAGGAAGAGGCCAAGGCAAAGGCACUAGCGAAAUUACGAAACGAACCUGAUGAGGACGGCUUCAUUACUGUCACGAGGGGUGGAAGGCAAGGGCCUGGUAGAGAGGAAGAAGCUAAAGCGAAGGAGGAGGAACUGAAGAAAAGGGAGAAGAAUCGUAUUAAGGAGGACUUCUAUCGCUUCCAGGUGCGCGAGAAGAAGAAGGAGGAAGCUAAGGUCUUGGUCAAGGGCUUUGAGGAAGAUCGCAAGAGGGUUGAGGAGAUGAAGAGGCGGCGAGGGAAGUUCAGACCGGAGUGA